AUGCUGAAGCAGCUCCAGUUCUUCCUGUCGGCUGUCCUGCUGCUUGCCUGUGUCUUCUUCUACCAGCUCAGCCUGAAGUCCAGCUGCCUCUUCUCUUGCCUUCCUCCCCCAAAGUUCCAGCAGGACCCGGAAACCAUCCUGGGCCAUGGGCGUGGCAUUGUGUUCAUUGAGACCUCAGAGAGAAUGGAGCCAACGCCUCUGGUCUCUUGUGCCGUGGAAUCUGCUGCCAAAAUUUACCCUGAGAAGCCUGUGGCGUUCUUCAUGAAGGGUCUCAACAACACCUCAAGGCUGCCCUCAAACUCCACUUACCCAGCCUUUUCCCUCCUCUCAGCCAUGGACAAUGUUUUCCUCUUCCCUUUGGAUAUGAAAAGGCUGUUUGAAGACACACCGUUGCUUUCAUGGUACACUCACAUCAAUGCCAGUGUGGAGAGCAACUGGCUCCACGUCAGUUCAGAUGCGUCCCGCCUGGCCAUCAUUUGGAAAUAUGGCGGCAUCUACAUGGACACUGAUGUCAUCUCCAUCCGGCCCAUCCCUGAGGAGAACUUUCUGGCUGCACAAUCUUCUCAGUACUCUAGUAACGGGGUGUUUGGAUUCCUCCCCCACCACCCCUUCCUGUGGGGGUGCAUGGAAAACUUUGUUGAACACUACAAUUCAGCCAUCUGGGGCAACCAGGGUCCCAGUUUGAUGACGAGGAUGUUGAGACUGUGGUGCAAACUCAGAGACUUCCAGGAGGUGAGUGAUUUCCGGUGUUUGAACCUGUCCUUCCUACACCCCCAGCGAUUUUACCCCAUCUCCUAUCCAGAGUGGAGGCGCUACUAUGAAGUCUGGGACAAAGACCUGAGCUUCAAUAACUCCUAUGCCCUGCAUCUGUGGAACUACAUGAACAAUGAAGGAAGGUCUGUGGUUAGAGGGAGCAACACGCUGGUGGAAAAUCUCUGCCGUAAGCACUGUCCCAGGACUUACAGGGACCUGAUUCAGAGCCCAGAGGGCUCGGUGACUGGGGAGAUGGGUCCAGGUAACAAAUAG